UCCUGCUGCAGGGGUGCGCCAUGCUGCCCACCUUUCCCCCGUCACCAUCCUGCUGAGAUGGGCAGAGGCCGUGUGCACCCCUGCCUGCCUCAGGUGGGCUCCCGGGGGCGGAGCUGGACAGGGCAUGUCCCAUGUGGGUCCUGAGGGACCAAGGCAGGGCCAGCAGCACAGACGGCUGCCUGGAGUCCCUGUAGGUGUGGCAGAGUCCCCCCCAUGCCUGUCCUGGCCUCACGACAGCGUCUGGGGGAAGGCUGUGCGGGGCGGGCCCUGGUGGACAUGUCGCCUGGGCCCCUCCUGCACUCACGGCCGGCGCCCUGUGUGUGCUCCAGACAGUCUGGGCUGGAAGCUGUUCUACGUCACCGGCUGUCUGUUCGUGGCUGUGCAGAACCUGGAGGAUUGGGAGGAAGCCGUCUUCAACAAGAGCACGGGGAAGGUCGUUCUGAAGACGUUCAGCCUCUACAAGAAGCUGCUGACUCUGUUCAGAGCAGGCCAUGACCAAGUGGUGGUCCUGCUGAGCGACAUCCGGGACGUGAACGUGGAGGAGGAGAAGGUCCGCUACUUCGGGAAGGGCUACUCGGUGGUGCUGCGGUUCGCGACAGGCUUCUCCCACCCCCUCACCCAGAGCGCGGUCAUGGGCCGCCGCAGUGAUGUGGAAGCCAUUGCCAAGCUCAUCACCAACUUCCUGGAGCUGCACCGCCUUGAGAGCCCUGCAGAGCUAUCUCAGAGCAGUGACAGCGAGGCCGGCGACCCUGGGAACCAGAGCUGACGGCACAGGCGUGGCUGCAGAUGAGCCGCUCACAGAGAGGCCCUUGGCCUCGGCUUUGAUGGCACCUCCAGC